AUGGGUAUCAUGUUUAGGUUGAGUGGAACCGAAACUUUUAGUGCAUGUCAAGCUCUUGGUCAAGGUGAAGAAGUUAACAACAAAGUUGACAAACUGGCGUCGAGUAGGCUGUUGGUUGACAACAAGGUCGACAGGACGGCGUCGAGCAGAUGGUUGGUCGACAAGGAAGUCGUUACUGGCACGUCGAGCAUUCUGCCAGUCAACAGCAAGGUCGACGACCACGGGCAGAAUUUUCCUAUCUUCCUAUUUCGAUUAGGAAAAGGAUUUUUCGGUCAUUUAACCCUUUUGGCCGACUCUUAUACACCUCUAGAAGAUUUUAGAUGGUUUUAA